AUCGCUGUCUCCUGUCAAGUGUCAGACAGACAGAACUAGUCAGAUGUUCACAUCUUUCGGUUGAGUUCAAGUUUUUCAAUUUAGAUUUUAAUCUUUAUUAACUUCUUAAUUUGUUUGUUCAACUGAAUAAUGUCGCUUAAUAACUUAUAAAUAAUUAGGUCGUAGACAGAAGUUGUUGAUUUUGUAGACAAUUAACCUUAUUUCAACAAACUCGCGUUGAAACAUUGGUGCACAGUAGUAUGUUUAUAAGUUGUUCAGUGGACGUCAAUUUUAACGAUUUCAACAGUUCAAUGACUAUUAACUGGCUAAAACUAAGUGGCCAAGAACCAAUUAAUUCAAUUUUCAUACUCGAUCAAAUAAACUUGAGAGUUGACAUUUAGAAAUAUUGUUUCAAAUAUCGUUUGGUUUGUUGAGUAGAUAAUAUGGCGGAAAGUCAAGGAAAGGCUGUUCCAACAUUUUCCUCGUUUGAUAAUAUUGAACGGCGACCUGGAUCUCAUGAUAGGAGAAAUAAGUUGAAACUUUUUUCUUCACUUCCGAUUAGCAGUCAUACCGUAAUGAACAACACGAACUCAGGACACAGUGAUCUCAUGAAUCUUUCAGCUUUGUCUCGUUAUUCCCCCACCACAAUCCAGCACCAUCCUCAUCAUCAUCACCACACGCACCAUAACAAUCAUCACAGUCAACAUAAUAGUCACCACAACAAUCAUCAAAGUCACCACGGAAAUCAUCAAAGUCACCACGGAAAUCAUCACAGUCACCACGGAAACAAUCACAGUCACCACGGACACCAUCACAGUCACCAGGCCGCGUCACCACAGGCCGGCAGUCGGUUUGAUGGCGCGACGGGUGGAGGGGGAGAGUUGGCUAGGAGAUCACUGCCCAAGAUCAAACCGUUCUCGCAGACUGAUAUUGUUUGGGAGAAGUCCAGGGAGAAGUUCAAAUUCUGCCAGAGCAUACAGAGUACAGGAACGCUGCAAGUUUCACCUAAUGAUUGCUACGACUUUACAUCGGACGACAUGCAAGAUUUGGGUGAGAUCGGCCGGGGUGCUUUCGGCACGGUGAACAAGAUGGUGCACCGCACCAGCGGCACAGUGAUGGCUGUCAAACGCAUCCGCAGCACUGUCGAUGAGAAGGAGCAGAAGCAGCUGUUGAUGGACCUCGAAGUGGUCAUGAAGUCAAACGAGUGUCCUUGUAUUGUCCAGUUCUACGGUGCUCUCUUCAAGGAGGGAGACUGUUGGAUCUGUAUGGAGCUGAUGGAUACCUCUUUAGAUAAAUUUUAUAAAUUUAUUUACGAGAAACUAAAUCAAAGGAUACCGGAAACCACCCUGGGCAAAAUCACUGUCGCUACGGUGCGAGCCUUGAACUACCUGAAGGAAAAGUUGAAGAUCAUCCACCGCGACGUAAAACCGAGCAACAUUUUGCUCGACCGACGUGGCAACAUCAAGUUGUGCGACUUUGGCAUAUCGGGCCAGCUGGUCGACUCAAUUGCCAGGACAAGGGAUGCCGGAUGCAGGCCUUAUAUGGCGCCGGAACGUAUAGACCCUGACCGGCUCCGGCCCGGAUACGACGUGCGUUCGGACGUGUGGUCGCUGGGCAUCACCCUGAUAGAGGUGGCGACAGGUCGUUUCCCCUACCCCAAGUGGAACUCGGUGUUCGAUCAGCUGAGUCAGGUGGUGAAGGGGGAUCCGCCCAGGCUCACCACCAACCAGGACCCCAGUGGGCUCUCCUUCUCACUCGAUUUUGUGCAGUUUGUCAAUACUUGUUUGAUAAAGGAUGAGCAGCAGCGGCCGAAGUACAACAAACUGCUGGAGCAUGCGUUCAUACGUCGCAGUGAGGCUGCUCAGGUGGAUGUGGCCUCGUACGUGUCACACACACUGGACACCAUGGCCAACCACGGCCAGUCCAUAUUCACCAUGAACAUGCAGUGAUGGCUGGCUGCCAGUGUAGGGUGGCCUUAAUAACAUCGGACAUAGGAAAUUGUUGAUACUCUAUGAUAGAAAAUUGUUGAUACUCAGUGAAGAGUGUAGGGUGGCCUUAACAAUCGGGGAAGGACUGGGCUGCAAAAAUUGUUGAUACUUGGUACAGUGUAGGGUGGUCUUAAAAGGAUGAGUUGAAUCAGACUGGAUAUGGAAAAUUGUUGAUACUUGGUACAGUGUAGGGUGGUCUUAAGUGGAUGAGUUGAAUAGGGCUGGAUAUGGAAAAUUGUUAAUACUUGGUACAGUGUAGGGGGUCUUAGAGGAUUACUUGAAUCGGACUGGACAUAGGAAAUUGUUGAUACUCUGUACAGUGUAGGGUGGCCUUAACGAGAUGACUCAAAUUAAACUGGUCAUAGAGAAUAGUUGAUACUUGUUCCAGUGUAGGGUGGCCUUAAACCUAGCGCCGCAGUGCAGGAUGGUUUCUCACAGCUUGGCGUUGUUGUCAUUUGAGAUGGGUGUCUGGCUUGGAAGUGUUACGGCCGCA